CGGCAGUCCCUCCAUUUAUAACCUCUCAUCCCAUCUCCCUCCAUAUUCCCAGAUACCACUAUCCGCAACUCAAAGCGAACUACUAGGACGAGCCAUGGACGACGACAUCGACAGCUCCUGCUCCACCCCUUUCGCCAGCGCGCCGUCCAGCCCCGGCCGCUCCCCUUCCAUCUUCGGCGGCGGCGGCGGCGGCGGCGGCUAUUUUUUCAGUGCACCGGCCAGCCCCAUCCACCACCUGUUGUUCUCGUCCUCCUCGGCCGCCGCUGGUGCCCCUAAUGGCGGCGGGUACGGUGGACUAGGUGACGCGGAGUUCGAGUUCGGCGGCCCUGGCGAGCACAUGAUCUCUGCUGACGAGCUCUUCCAGAACGGCCAGAUCCGGCCGCUCACCCUGUCCCCGCUCCCGGAUCUCGACCCCGACAGCGAAGAAGAUGACAGCGAACGGCGCCACGGCCCCGCGCGCGGCCGCGAGCCCACGUUCCGGAGCGGCUCCGUGCACCGCCGCGCCCGGUCGAUGUCCCCGAUGCGCAGCCCGUCCCCGCGGCUCAAGCUUCUCAGUGCGCUCGUCCCCGCGCCGGAUCUUGGCUCCGUGUCCCUCUCGACUGGGGCGCAGGAGGCCCCGCCGCCGGUCACCGCCUCGUCGCGCUCCUCCUCGUCCUCGUCGACCUCCUCCUCGUCGUCCGCGUCGUCCGCCCGCGGAUCCCGGCGGUGGGUUAUCCUCAAGGACAUGCUCCUCCACCGCAGCAAAAGCGAGCCCGGCAGCGCCCAUGCGCACGAAGCCCCUGCGGCCGCCGCCAAGCCGGAGAAGGCAUGGCAGUUCUCGCCUUCGUGGGCGUCGAGGGACAAGGUCAUCGCGAAGCUGCGCGGGGCGAGGCCAUCACCGCAAUCGGAGACGGGAGCGGCGGCCAGCGGCGGCGCCGGUGAGGGCGACGAAUCCCGGACGACGCGGAGCCAGGGCAGGUCCAAGGGUCGGCGGCGCUCAACGACGGUGGCGGCCGCGCACGAGAGGCUUUACGCGGCGCCGAACAGGGCGCAGGCGGAGGAGAUGCGGCGGCGGACGUUCCUGCCGUACCGGCAGGGCGUGCUCGGCUGCCUCGGCUUCAGCUCCCGCGGCUACGGCGCGCUCCGCGGGUUCUCGAAAACCCUCAGCCCCGUCUUCUCCCGGUAAAAGUAAAGAAGCACUCCAGAAAUCCCCCAAAAAUAUGGAAAAGCAGAGAGCAAAACAAGAGCUUAAAUAAUGGCCAUUGCUACUGUUGCCGGUUAAUUUAAAAAAAUAGUAUUAGUAAUAUUCGUUCUUCUCUGUAAUAUGCGAGUAUUGUCUUUUGUAAGUUGUUGCGUGUUCUGUAUAGAGGCAGGCAGUGGGCGUGAGAAAUCCCCCAAGUUCGUUUGGAGGUGUUGGUAGUUGUGAGAAGUCACAUCAACUCGUCCAUCAGAAGGGCGCAGUUGGAUAAAUUUGGCGCGAAAGCAAAAAAAUACCACUACAUUAUGCUA